AUAAGGCGUUUUACAACAGAAAGCUGCCAUUCCCAGUCGAUAAUAAUUGCAGAAGCGUAUGUCAGAGAACACUAUACCAUAUUAUUUACCCAGCUGACAAUAGACCAGUUUAAGUAUAAAUACCUUAUUUUCACCAAAUUGUCUGGAGAGAACAAAUGAAAAAUAUGAAGCUGUUUCUCUUAGCUAUUGCUGUUGCAGCCGUUUCGGCUUUUGACAUGGAACAAAUGUUGGCAUACGUCGACCCAGAGGCCGAAAAUGCCCAAAUACCCCUUUACAACCCACCUAUACCCGAUGACGACAUAGAAGACGAUAUCUAUUACAAGCCAAAAGCUUGUUGUACCCCUGAUCAAUGGGAAGGUUAUGGAGCUGGACACGGAGCUGCAAAAAAAGGUUCUCACCAUGGAAGAAAACGUAUUCUCUUCUCUGAAUUCUACCACUUUCAUUACGAUUUCAAAGGAAAAAGACUGGCUUACACUGAGUUCGUUGCAACAUCCCACCAUAGAAAAAUGAAUUUUACCAUGAUCGCUAACUUUAAGUCCAAGAAGGGAUACGUUAUUUAUGCAGGAAACAAAUGUAAAACCUUUUCUCUCAAGCAAUCUAUGCAUAAAUAUUGCGUUCCUCAGAAUGCAUCAUAUCUCAGCAGCCCAAUCCUUGGAGCCGCAAGUGACAGUUUGAAAGUUAAUGCAUUCGGUGGUAGUUUCCAUUCUAAGAGAAUGGCGGGUGCAUAUAUGCUUACUUUCACCUCUAAAUUGUGCAUCCCAGUAAGCGGAGCUGUUGGAGUCAAGUCGAAGAGAGGAUCUGCAGCUAACGGAUUUUCCUUCUUCAACAUUACUCCAGGAAUAAAAUCGGCUAGAGUUUUUACUCCUCCAUCAAGUUGCUCUAAAUAUGUGGAUGUCUCUGAAGAUGAGGUCUUCGAUAGCCAAUCCGAUUUGGGACAAAUAGUACACGAGAAACUUAUGCAUGGAUUUUAGACUUCCAUGGAAAUAAUAAAAGGACAUUAUUUAGAUUUUGUAAUGUAUAACCUCACAAUUAACUGAUCAGUUUAAAAGUUUUUAAUAAAGUCUAAUUUUCACCACGAGA